AUGAACGAGUUCAUAUUCGUCUCAACACCUUUGUAUCUUGCGAAUGAUUCUAGCUGGAAAUCAAAGGUUUUAAAACCUGGUUAUACACCAAUUUUUAAGAACGACUUAUACAAGUUCGAACUAUCGUUGAAGUCCACAGCUCAAAAAUCACAAUAUCCCACAGCAGCUGCUAAGGCACUUGAUAAUCAGACUGCUUCCAUUGAUUCAAAUGAGGCAACUAAGGAUCACCGGGGUGUUAAAUAUCAAGAUAUAAGACUAUUUCUACCCAUUUCGCUGUCACAACAGUUACAUACCCUUGCAAUACAGAAUUUUCCGGAUAAUUCGGUCAAUAUAUCCGCAUUCAUUGACUGGUUAGAACUGUUUACAAUUGAGAAAUUCUCUAUAUCCAAUGAUCAGGGUCCAAAUCCCACACAUGAGGUGAUAGAAAACUGGUCAAAUGUUGUUGUAUCCACGGUGGAAAACACACAGAUUCUGUUCAUACGUCUUUCACCAUUGUCUCAAUUUUCACGUAUUGUGUUGUAUUGGAUAAAGUGGUUUGCAGAAACCACUGAUUCAGUUACUACAAUCCACACUGAUGAGAAUACCAGAAGGUAUAUUGAGGCGUCAGCUCCCGACUACAUACCUACAAUCGAGAAAGAAGAUCUCGACGCGUUAAAUGCGCGCCUCCAUGAACUACAAACGUCUACCUCAGAAACAGCGCCAGAAGUAGCAGGCAUGAUAGCCUACGAUGUCGACAUGAGCACUUUAAGUGAUCUACCGAGAGAUUCUCUUAAUCAGUUGGUCAAAGAUAUUGUUGAAUUUAGGACUCGUGUUUUGACAAUGGAAAAGGAAAAGCGAACUCAAGAAGCUUUGGAAGAGGGCAAAAGACAGCAGCGAUUCCAGUUGAAACAGGUGUUAGAGCAAAUCCGAAAAAGGAAAGGUUCUACUAUUGUUGCUGGUGAAGGUGAUGAUGUAGAUGAUGAGGACGAUGAUGUAGAUGAUGAUGAUGAUGAUGAUGGUCAGGAUGACUUCGAGAUAGAAAAAAACAGACGUGAAAAGGAAAAGGAAAAGGCAUUGAAGGAGUAUGAAGCCACACUGUCGCAUUUGAAUUCUGUUAUUAUGCCCCAACUGCGCUCUAGGGAUCAGCGGUUGUCUAUGCUCAAAGAUUAUAAGACGAAACUUCAGCGUGAAAGAGUUUUUUACCUGAAGGAAAUGCUACAUCUAGGCAAUAGCGAGUAUUACGAUCACAAGAGGUCCUUCAAAGAGGAAGAGGAACAUGCGGACGAGAAAGACAGAGCACAAACUAAUGCAGCUGUUGGUACCAAGACUGACGAUGCCACGCAGUCAGAAAAUGUUGGCAAUACCGACAAUAAUUUUAUUUUACCGCAUGACACUGAUAUAAAAAAACAAGGAUAUCCAAAGGGAACAGACUCCGCAGAUAACCCGGGUGCUUCCUCUACCGCCGCAAUUAAAGAGCCCAUCGCUAAAAAACGCAAGAUUAAGUUAGCCCUCAAAAAGGUCUUUGACUCCCGCGCACAAGAGGCAGACAGUGAAACUGAGGAAGAAGAACCAUUCCCAGUUCCCUUGGCACCAGUAUCUGCUGACACGGCUGCAUCCAUAUCAUCACCCUCCGUUUCUUCGCUCGCUGUAGUAACUCCAAUCGUUACCAAUGCUGCUGCUGCUGCUGCUGCAUCCCCAUCAACCGCAUCUGCACCUGUGCCGACACCUGCUCUCACUGGCCCCACUAACCAACUGGACACCUUGCCCUUCCAAGGAACCCUUCUUGACGCAAAAUUACGAUUGCUGCGGCAAUCUCGACUCGUUGACGAGCUCGUUAAAGAAUACCUCGGUGUUUACGAAGAUGAACUUGUAGAGUAUAUCAUUGAAAAUGUCCGCGAGCACCGCAGUCACGCUGCCUUGCUCUCUGAGCUCCAAGAAACAUUCGAUGAUGAUAGCAAUCAAAUCGUCGAUGACAUCUGGGCCAAGCUUCUGGCAUCCUGA